UUACAGACCGCUGCAUGAACAACUGGUUUAGAGUUAAUAAUCCAUGUGCAUACUUCGUUGUUGAAUUCAAAAAAGUCGUAGUCAAGUCUUUUAUCGGUGUCUUGUCGGCGUUCCUUUCUUGAUCCCGCCUCGGUGUCUCUUUACGAAGCCCCGACAGAAUAAAUAUAGCCCAAUGAUAACGGAAGAAGAACGAGAAGGAAAUAUCACGCACAUGACACCCAAGCCGAAACAAUCCGGCGCCCCUCUCCAGAGCCGCAUUUGUCGGUCAGUGACACGCAAACAGCUCUCCUCUUCAUACCUGUCAUUAGCUGCCCGAGCACCAUUUUAUGAAAUUAGUACAGAGAAGCACAAGCUGAGAAAGCUUAUCAGCAAACUCGAUUGGGGCGAUUGCUCAGUGCCAUUGUUACUUGAUGUGUGUUUGACCACACUGUCUGUCGCAAGUAGCGCCGACCCGGGUACCAUGUUGUUCUCUAGCGGUGUAAUCGGAUUCGACGAACGGCGCUGAUGACGGCGGGAUUAAACAUCCCAGGCGCUGACGAAAUCUUUUAUAAAGUUUGAAGGAAGACGACUGAAUGUUCUUCACCUGUAACUGCCCAGGAAGACACUUUUUUUCGACGAGUUCAUUUCGAACGGUGUGACUGACUCUAUCAUUUUGCAUCACUCCUUUAAAUUGUCGAUCAAGAUGUAGCCACACCUUCAUCAGCCAACUCGUUGCUUUUGUCCAUCUCGUAUUCCGGACCGUCGCUGCCGUAGGUCGGCUCCCACAUUCGACAUGAUCUGCUGUGUGUUAGGCAGCGGAACCAAUGAAGACAUUCUAUUCCUCAACCAAGAGAAAGGUAGGGCUUCUCCGCGCGAAACGUUAUCCUUUGUG